CAAAAACUCAUUUUUAGUAUUUUACAUUCUUCUCUCUCUGCUUCUUCUGUUUUCCUGUUUUUAAGGUUUCGUUGUUUCAACAAUGAGCACAAACACAAAACAUAGUUACAAACUCUCUGUCAAAAAAGCCACAAGAAGAACAAGAAGAAGAAGAAGCUUCAAAAAUACCACUUUGGUUCAAAUGGAAGGAAAAUGCAAGUCAAAUAAGCUGUCACAAAAGCUGAAAGCACUUAAGAAUUUAAUCCCUUCUCAAAAUGAAGAUGAAGUGAAGCCUGAUCAGUUGUUUAAGGAAACUGCUGAUUACAUAGUUUUUUUAAGGACAAGGGUUUUGAUUCUUCAGAAGUUGGUUGAGUUUUAUGGAAACAAUAACAAUGAGAAUGAAAAUGUUGUAUUGUUAUAGCUAGAUUAAUUCACUCUACUCCAUGGUUAUUUUUAUAAUUUUUUUUUUUUAUAAUUUGUUUAAAUGUUUUGUUUAAUUGUCUUUUUAAUGAUGAAGAAUUAUGAGACAAGAUCUUUGUUCUAGUAGUGUUUUAUUUUUAUUUUUUUAUUUUUAUUAUAUUUGGUUAGAGAGAAAAUUGGAUGGAAGAAAUUGAGAAGUAAAAAGAUUGGAAAUUUUUGUAAAGAAAAUCCAAUGCAUGUAACACUUUUUUUUGUUUAGUUGCAAUAUUAUAAUUGCCAUUGAAUGAUU